CGCCAGCCUUGCCCCUGUACCUUUGUCGUCCAUGGAUGUUGAUCAAUGGUGUAAGCUGUUACUACUACGCCGUAGUAGUAGUUAGUGGUGAUGAGUGCCAAGAUCAAUCCUGAGCCAUCCUUUACGGCACAUUUGACGAAGAAUAUUGGUCAUAAGGCCCCGACUACAACGUACUCUGAACAUCUAAGAUCAUUUUAGUGGCAAUGCUUACCGAUUAUUCAUCAAUUAUGUCUAAUUAUUUACUGACAUUACGAGGUGCAGGAAAUUGUCAUCUUUUAUAAAGGGGAUCGUUAUCGGCAUAAAUACCCAGGCGUUAUGAACUAAUGGAUGUUAUACAGAUAGUGAUGCCACUAAAUAUUAAGCAUAAUAGGCAUUAGGAUCCUCCUAUUUAAUGGGGACCUUUAGCGGCCUGCCAGUUUCAUGGUUCAGGGGCCACCCCAGUUUUACAGUACACUAUAGGCUACUGGCCACGCACCUAUCAGCCCUAUUAAUAAACCACCAAAGCCGCCUGCACCUUAACUUACACCUCAUUCCUUCAACGUUGCCAAAGUAGAAAAGGGAUUAACUAGCUCCUCCCUUUUACUGAAAUUUCACUGACAAGUGUACACAAAGAUAAUUUUACAAGAUAGCUAAAGAAAGAAUCAUCACAUCAUGUUGUACGAGUUUGCCCUGAGGGCAUUGCAGCCCCGUGACUUAUCCCAGAAUGCGGCCAUAUCACGACUCCUUUCGACCCGGGCUGUCUCUAUAGUACCACCCGCUGAUGACCCAAGUCCGGCCAAAGCUGUGAUUGGGUUGGUGAUGCUGAUACUGAACAUCGUCGUUGGCCUCUUUACCUUUUUGAUGCUCUUUUACACCCUGCAUUAUGUCUUCCCAACUUUAGCUGUUGUGGAAGGUGAUCCUCCACCGACAUAUAUCCUGGUACCCACAUCUGGCAAGGACACCAAGGAGAGCAGGGAAGCAUUCAUUGUCGAAGAGGCCCCGGAACCGCCAUCAGAGCCCAUCACUUCGAGUCUCGGGUCCACCUUCAGCCUCCUACGAUCCAUCGGCGGCUUCGACUCCCUCUUCCGCGGAUUCAGCUGUUUCCUCGCCAACGGCGUCUUCGGGUUCGUCCUCGCCAUCGUCCUCGCCUCCUUCGUGCCCCUCGUCUUCGCCAUCACCGGGCCCAUCUUGAUCUCCCUGGCGCUCAACACGACCUGGACCCACAUCGUCAUCUCAGCGCCCAGCGACAAGUACUUCUGGCAGCGGAUGCCCCGAUUCGGCCUCAUGCUCCGCGCCACCGCCCUGCCGACCCUGCUCUCCUUCGCCGCCACCAUGUUCACGCAGAAGGCCCCCAUCGUGCUCGCACGAACCCUCCUGGCCGCCCAGCCGAACCCCGGCGACCCCAACCACGCCGUGCUCGUCCUGGUCCUCUACUUCGCGCUCUCCGUCUUCGUCGCGGCCCCCAUCCACAUGAACCUCACCCGCGUCCAGGCUUCCCUGCUCCCCGAGGGCGAAGAGACGAUUGUCCCGCUGGACAGCGCGCUGACGCUCCACAGGGCGAAGGGCAGGGAGUACAUGUCCAUGCUCGAGGCGCUCAUGACGUUCCCGCGAAGCGCGUGGAUCAGGGUGCUGGCGUUGUACGCUAAGAUUUUCGCGAUCACGGUCUUGACGCAUUGUGCUAUUGGGGCUUUGACGGCGGCGGAGUUCUUCUUGUACAGUCUCUUGUAAAAGGCUCGGGUCGUUUGGUCGGGGGAGCUGUAGAUAUCGAUAAGAAAAGAAAGGGGGUCUCUCAGUUGCCUCGAUAGGUCACUCGUGAUGUAAAUAAACAUAAAUUGUCUUUUGUCUUUGCUCGGUUCGAUCGUUUGGGGAUUCGAUUAACGGCCUGUUAUGUAUAUGUUUGUUGAUGUUUAUAGGCGCCUGUGUACUGGCACCUGUGUAUGUGGUACCUGUGUAUGUAGGUCGGCAUCGUCAAGUAUUCACAUCUAUGUUAAAGACUCAUGGGCUAAGGUGAGGUACCUAAGUAGG